UGGAGAGGUUCGAGUGCACGCGCAUGCGUGUUUGGUGGAGUUGAGUUGAGUUGAGUUUCAGUCAGACUGCGCCUUUAAGCUGCAGGAGCCUGAUGUUCAAGUGAAUUGGCUGUCCGAGGGGGCGGGAGCGCGCAAACUUCUCCUGCAGUUCUUGGAUCUUUUUAAAUAUUAUUUUUUAUUUUUUUCGAUAUCACUCUCGCGCGCGCUCACACCGUUGUGUUCAUCCUGCAGUGUUGUCUCGCGCUGAAACUCGAGACUUGAGCGCCAUGGCCUCGGACGGGACCGGGACGGAGGCGCUGAGCUCGCGCCUGGCGGAAGAUCAGCUGCGCGUGCUGGAGGAGAAUUUCUCUCGCGGCGGCCGGAACCCGGACGGAGCAACGCUCGCGCUCAUCGCCGCUGAGUGCGGACUGAGUGAGGAGGAGACUGUGAAAUGGUUCAAGAUGCGUAACGCUCAGUGGAGACAAGCAGAGGGACUGCCUGCUCAACCGGGAUCAGUCAAGGACUGAAGACAAGCGAGAAGAUCUCUUUAUGCACACACCAUGCCGCUCAUCCUUUCUAUCCAUCAUCCAUCCCUUCCCUUUCCUCCUUAUUCUGUUCAUCUGUCCAGGAUGGGACAGGUCGACUGCUUCCUCGACUUUGUGCCCUCAUGUUCUUUAUUUUUGCAGUUAAGCGAUGUUUGUUUGUUGGCCGUAGCUGAAGUAAAUGCAUAUUGCACACAUGAAUGUCAUGUUUACGUCAAGAAAUAAAUUAUAUAUCGAUACGGUCAGGUGUGAAUGACGUGCUUUCUAUUACGCUAUCUGCUGAAGUGAUGUGAUAUGUGAGGAAUAAAACACUUUGGGGGCAUGCUGUUCCAGGAAAAUAAUCUCCAUCGACUCGUAUCACUUCAUAAUUCAUUACUGUUAACAUCACAUCCCAAAGUGUUUUGUUCUUCUUUUCGUUAAGUGUCGUGGAACAUCUUGGAAAACAAUUCCUGUCAUUACUUCUGCUGUAUCAGCUAUAAACUGUCAUAACUUCA